AUGAGCUUCUUUGCCCUCAAGGAGUGGGAAGCCGCCAAUCACGACUACAACGAUACCCCAGCGCCCUACUGGCAUGCGAAGUCUGUACCCGAUGGCUUCACCGCCAUAUCAGGAAUCCUAUGGUCCAUCUCAUACGUCUUGAUGGCCAAAAAGGCUUUCAAAGAUCGUUCCUACGCAAUGCCUCUUCAUUGUCUCUGCUUGAACAUCACCUGGGAAGCAGUUUACGGGUUUGUCUAUGGCCCCGGACUGCUAAACCAGGUCGUGUUUGCGCAAUGGAUGAUUGUAGAUGUUAUCCUCUUCUACGCAAUUCUUCGCUCGGCCCCGUAUGCGUGGAAGCAGUCACCGCUGGUGGCACAACAUCUCGUGGGAAUAAUUGUGGUCGGAUGCGUAAUCUGUCUCUGGCUGCACCUGGCGGUUGCGGCCACGUUUAUCCCGAGCAUUGGUCGACAGGUUGUGUUCAUGACUGCAUGGCCCAUGCAGGUCCUUAUCAAUUUUAGUUCAAUCGCGCAGCUACUGUCGCGUGGAAAUACCCUCGGUCAUUCUUGGGGAAUCUGGUGA